UUCGUGAUAUUUGAUAGAUUUUUAAUGCGUGUGAGAAUAUUGUGUAUUAAUUUAAUUAGCUUUAUUUUCUCUAUAUAAAUUUUUUAUUAUCAUAUUGGGAGCCUUUCGAAAAUGUUAAGAAUAAAAUUAUUUUGUAUAUGUGAAUAGUGUUUAACAAAACGAAAAAUGGAAAGUUUGUGUCGAUCAAUUUUCGAAUAAAAAGUGAGACAUUGUAGCCAAUAGCGCAAAGGUUUUUUGCUUCAAAAAAGUAAUAAUAAUUGCAUUUGUACAUCAACAAUAACUGGACACAUUCCUCUCCAGUUCAUCAGUGGUACCCACAUGAAAUAAAAAAUAUAUGUAUAAGCGCAUAUUUUUUCUGAUUUGUUUUCUCAAGCUAUAAAUCGCAGUGGUUCGACUAGCAGAGGAUUGUGAUUAACAGUGAAAGUUUAUACCUGCUGAAAAAAAAAAACAGAAAAUAAAACGAAGCUCGCCUUUGGCUGCGUAACAUUUAGCGCUCCACAUAAAAUACGGGGCAUUAAGUAUGGUGUGUCUGUUGCUAAAAUUACUACACUUUCCUAGACAUAACGGUGACAACGAAUAGCUGUAUAUUUCUUCUACUUAUUUCCUUCUUUGCUUUAAUUUGUUGUUACUGCCAUUUUAUAAUACUCAGUGCUAAACGUAGCUUUUUUGUUAUUUGGAAAUCGUUUAUUGUUUGUGAGAGCUGGUUGCAAUUUAGCUCAAUUUACGUCAUUAUAUUGAGCGGAAAGUGAACGGAAUUGCGAACGAUCGCACCAUCGCCAACAGUUGGUCUACGCACCACCGGUACCAUACCACUGCCGCUACAAGCGAUUGGCCAAAAACUUGUUAAGCUGUUACUUUUAUUGUAACUGAUUGUUUUUGGUGAUAAAUUGUACAGCAAAUAGUGUAAAAGUGAAGUGGAGCUACGGGUUAGAAACUACAGUUAAUCAAUUUAGUUCUAAAAACGGAUAACGCCAGCUAACAACAAAAUGGGACUUUUAAUUUCAAAAUUAUGGAGCAUGUUUGGCAAUGAAGAGCACAAAUUAGUGAUGGUUGGCUUGGAUAAUGCUGGCAAAACCACAAUACUCUAUCAAUUCCUUAUGAAUGAAGUCGUACACACCAGCCCCACAAUCGGCUCCAACGUGGAGGAGGUGGUGUGGCGGAAUAUACACUUUCUGGUGUGGGACCUGGGCGGACAGCAGAGUUUGCGCGCCGCCUGGAGCACUUAUUAUACAAACACAGAGUUUAUUAUUAUGGUCAUCGAUUCGACGGAUCGCGAACGCUUGGCGGUUACGCGCGAGGAACUGUAUCGUAUGCUGCAGCAUGAAGACCUGUGCAAAGCCAGUCUAUUAGUUUAUGCAAAUAAACAGGAUCUCAAGGGUGCUAUGUCAGCUGCGGAAAUUUCACGUCAAUUGGAUUUAACCUCGAUUAAGAAACAUCAAUGGCAUAUACAGGCGUGUUGCGCGCUCACCGGCGAGGGGCUUUAUCAGGGGCUCGAGUGGAUCGUGCAGCGCAUCAAAAAGAAAUGACAGACGUCAAAUAUGGACUGCGAUAGUAUAUAGCUAAUUAAAUAAUACAAUUUUAUAUAUGUAUGUAUGUAAAGAAUCUUUAUGCUAACAAAAUGUAAAAAAAAUACUAUGAGAAAAUAGAAAAUAACAAAACAAAAAAAAAAAGGAAAAUUCAACAUACAUUAUAUAAAAGCGCAUAGGUUAAUAUAAUUUUUUUUUUGCAAUAAGUUUAUAUAAAAAAGUUAAUAUAACUGUUUGUAUAUUAAAAAUAAAGUUUUUGUGAGCGUAGCCUUAACUAUUUGUAGGUUGCAAGCAGACAGCGUUGCAUAAAGUUUAACGGAAAUUCAUAACGAAACACGCUUUAGCAGCGCGUGACUGCGCUGCAAGCGCUAAGUUUAGUUUAAGUAAUGUCUAUACACAUUUAAGUUGCUAAACAUAUGUAUGUAUGUAUAUGUAUACCAAUUGUUACCAAUUUGUGCGUUAGAUUAGAUUUUCGAAAUUCGCGCUUCGCAAAUUAUAGUUUAUAAUUACAUUUUGGAUGCUUAACAUAAUUUUAAUAAUUUUAUAAAUUUCAUUUUGAUUAAAAAUAAUAUUAAAAAUUUUACAAAAUUCAUUUUGAGAUUUUUUCCUCUUUUUAAUUGUUAACAAUUCACCGGCAAACUGAUUAUAUUUAAUGAAUGAGUGAUUUAGUGCUGAAUACAAUGCGGCAGCUAUUAUAGAAAAUGUAUAAAAUCCCUAUACGCAUGCAUGUAUGUGUACAAAAACAACAAAUUAUGUAGCGGCACGUCUGUUAAACGAACAGUAGAACAGUUGUAACGGUUCUUAGUGAGGCGUGUUUGAUUUAUAAAGCGUUUGCAUGUAUUGUAUUUAAAGAAAAUUGAAUCUUCCAUUAAAUAAUCAUAAACAUUAUGUUAAAUAUUGAUAUAGUAUAUAUCUAUAAAUAUAAAUAAAUAUGUGUAAGUGUAGUAACACUAAACUGAGCGUGUGCACAACGCACUUGUUACAAUUACACAAACGUACAUAUAUACAUAUAUAUUUUUCAAUAAUUGUGUAGCAGCAGUGUUGAACGACUAAUUUGCCUACAUACAAACAUACAUAGCGUCACCUAAAAUGCAAAACAACGCAACGUCCAAAAUCGAAAUUGAGUUUUUUUAUUGUUUACGAUUCAUAACAUAAAUGUAGCUUUAAAUUUUCAGCUUUUUGGUCAGAUAUAACCAAUAUAUAACCGUUUUAUAACCACUAUAUAACCGUUUUAUAACCAUCUUAUAACCCAUAUAUAACUGUUUCUUAACCAAAACUCAAAUUUUGUUUCAAUAUGAGUGGUUUCGAUUACAUCGUUUUUUCUACGCCUGCCAACUUAUGAAUGUCCCGUUAUUUUGCAUUUUAGUUGACGUUAUGUAUUUACCGUAAUAAACCAGCAUUCUACCUACACUUGCUGUGUUUAGCAAAGCAGUAAUAGUAACGAAAAAGUAAUCAAUAGUGAGCGCUUAUUAAACGAAAUUGUAUAUUUCAAAGAAUAUUUCUAAAGCAACGAAGUAAGAGAUGCUCACUUGCUUGCUCUUGGCCACCGUGUAGUAACUUUAUGUAUAGUCUUUUACAUAGGGAAACAGUGAGAUUUACUUAGCACAGAGAUGUCAUUUGCCAAAAUAUAACAACAAAUUAAAAAUAUAAUUAAAUGAAAUCAAUAAAUAAUAUGUCUAAUUGUAAGUAAGUUUAACCAAAUUAAGCGAUUUUUAAGAGAAAAGUUAUGCUAACGCAAUAAAUAAAAACAAAAAAUAAUUUUA